AUGACCUCCGAAUUUUACGCAUAUUAUCUUAGGGCUCAAAUUGCUCGGCGUUUGUUGCUGGCCGUAAUGAACCCCAACAAGUUCCGUAUUUGCCAGUUUCUCAUCAAAUUCCACGAACGCAGAAAUGAUAAGAUCAUUGUCUUCUCUGACAACGUCUUUGCCCUCAAAAAGUAUGCUAUAGAAAUGAAUAAGCCUUUCCUCUAUGGCGAGACGAGUCAGAAUGAGCGAAUGAAAAUUCUGCAAAACUUCCAGUACAACCCUCGUGUAAAUACCAUAUUCGUGUCAAAGGUUGCUGAUACAUCAUUUGAUUUGCCAGAAGCAAACGUUCUUAUUCAAGUUUCUGCACAUGGUGGUUCAAGACGGCAGGAAGCUCAAAGGUUAGGUCGCAUUCUUCGUGCCAAGAAGCAUUCCACAGACCAAUUCAAUGCAUUUUUCUACUCGUUGGUUUCUCAAGAUACAGUGGAAAUGGGUUAUUCACGAAAAAGGCAGAGGUAUGUAACUUGAAC